AUGGCAGAUCCAUUGUCCCCUUACCCGUUUCCGAGCAAUGUUCAUGUCCUGAGCUCAGUGACGCUCAAGCUCUCCGAUAGCAACUACUUGCUUUGGAAGACGCAGUUCGAGUCCCUCCUGUCCAGCCAGAAGCUUGUCGGCUUCGUCAAUGGUUCGAUUGCUGCUCCUCCGACCACUCAUACGGUCGUCGUUGGUGGUGUCCCCACACUGGAGCCAAACCCGAUGUUGACGCGUGGUUCUGUACUGACCAGUUGGUCAGAUCUUGGUUAUUUGAGCUCCCUCGCUCGACAGUUUGCUCUUAAGCGUCAAUUUCAGUUUCUCACCAAAAAGGGGAAAACUUUAACGGCUUAUUGCAGAGAACUGAAAUCAAUCUGUGAUGCUUUAGCAGCUAUUGGGAAACCAGUUGAAGAGGAAUUGAAGAUAUUUGGAUUUCUCAAUGGCCUUGGCAAGGAAUACGAUCCAGUUUCCUCUGGUAUACAAAGGGAUCUCUCCAAGCCAAAUCCACCAUCCUACAACGAUGUGGUUACGGAGAUUCAAGCUUAUGACAUCAAACUUCAGGCGUAUGCAGCAGCUGAAGCAAGCAACACACAUCUUGCCUUCAACACCGAGCAGCCACAGUACAAUGGGAGUUAUAAGCAAGGCCCUCAGAACAACAAUCAAAAUUACAGAGGUGGCAGAGGUCGUUAUGGUCAGCGUGGUGGCAGAGGUGGCUAUAUGUCCCGUGGUCGUGGAUUCUCUCAACAUCAGACGAACCCCAAUCCAUCUGGAGAACGCCCUGUGUGUCAAAUCUGUGGCAGGACUGGACACACAGCUGCAAAGUGUUACAACCGCUUUGACAAUAACUACCAGGGUCAAGAUCCAGCUCAGGUGUUCUCCACUCUCCAGUCGUCUGAUGUCACAGGGAAGGAGUGGUAUCCGGACUCCGAUGCAUCCACACAUGUCACCGCUUCCCAAGAGAAUCUUCAGACAUCUACCCCUUACGAAGGUAAUGAUACGAUUAUGGUUGCGGAUGGAGCCUUCCUCCCAAUCACUCAUGUUGGUUCCACCAACAUAACCUCUGCUACAGGUAACUUGCCUCUCAAAGAUGUCUUGGUUUGCCCUGAGAUACGAAAGUCACUUCUCUCUGUAUCCAAACUGUGUGAUGAUUAUCCAUGUGGGGUCUGGUUUGAUGCUAAUAAAGUCUGUGUGAUUGAUGUGAAUGCUCAGAAAGUGGUAGCAAAGGAACCUCGAGUUAAAGAUCUCUACACGUUGGAGAAUCAGAGAUUGGAGGUUCUCUACUCGAGUAGGCAGUGUGCAGCAACUGAGGAUAUGUGGCAUCAUCGUUUGGGACACUCCAAUAUCAAAGUUCUCCAGCAGUUACAAAGCAGCAAGGAGAUUAGUAUCAAUAAGAGCAGAACUAAACUCAUUUGUGAGCCUUGCCAAAUGGGGAAAUGUAGUCGUUUGCAAUUUUUUCCUUCUUUGUCUUCUCGUGUAUUAGGUCCCUUAGACAAAGUUCACUGUGAUCUUUGGGGUCCUUCUCCGAUUGUAUCAAACCUGGAGUUUAAAUACUAUGCAGUUUUCAUUGAUGACUUCUCAAGAUUCUUUUGGUUCUAUCCAUUAAGAGCCAAAUCAGAAUUCUUCUCUGUGUUUACUGUAUUUCAGAAGCUUGUUGAAAAUCAGUUUGGUACUAAGAUAAAGGUGUUUCAAAGUGAUGGAGGAGGCGAGUUUGUAAACAAAGAGUUGAAACAACAUCUGUUAAACUGUGGCAUUAGCCAUCUUCUCUCAUGUCCAUACACACCACAGCAGAAUGGCUUGGCAGAGAGAAAGCAUAGACAUGUUGUCGAACUGGGUCUAUCAAUGUUGUUUCACAGCAGUACACCACUAAGCUAUUGGGUUGAGGCGUUCUUCUCUGCGAAUUUUAUUUGCAACCUUCUCCCAAUGGCUAUCUUGGGAAAUUGCAGUCCUCAUGAGGUGUUGUUCAAAGAAAAGCCGAGUUACACUAUGCUAAGAGUCUUUGGAUCAGCGUGCUACCCAUACCUGCGUCCUCUGGCCGAUCAUAAACUUGAACCACGGUCUCUACAAUGUGUGUUCAUUGGUUAUAGUGCGCAGCAUAAAGGUUAUCGGUGUCUCUAUCCACCUACAGGAAAAGUUUACAUUUGCAGACACGUGAUUUUUGAUGAAGAAAGCUUCCCGUUCAGAACGCAAUAUGAGUCUCUGGUGCCGAGAUAUCACAGCAAACUCUUAAAGGCGUGGCAAUCUUCAGUCUCCACAGAGAAUGUUCCAGCCUCAGUAAAUCAAGAACAAAUACCACGAGCUCUUCCUACACUGCCACGAGAACCUGAACCAGUCGAAACAGAGGAUACUCUGGGUAACAUUGGGUCUCCAGCUGCUUCUGAAGCAAACUCAGACCAGUUGGAAAACGUUGUUGUGGAGAACAUUCAUCCUAUGACCACAAGGGCUAAAGCAGGCAUUCACAAGCCAAAUACAAGAUAUGUUCUUCUGGCCUCAAAGUUUGUACCGGCAACACCACGAAACAUUGCAGAAGCGAUGAAACACCUGGGUGGAACAUUGCAGUAA